GUAGGGGGAGACAAUAUACAGUGAUUGAACAUUUUCAGAGCUUGUUACUGGAGAUCUGAGGUACCGUGGCGUUGUUCCACUCUAGCCAUUCUUCGAUCUCAGAACAUGUUUGGUUAAAGGAAAACAGGGAAUGAAAAGAGUCCCAUUUAACAUUGUGUCACCAAACUUGUGUAUUUGUAGGAAAAUAUAGACUAGAAGGUAGACCUGUAGCGCAGCCUUAUCCAACAGUACUAUAUAACGCUGAAACUGAACAGUAGUUACUGUAUCCCGUGUGUUCCUAGUACAUAUUCUACAUAUACAUGUUGACACUAAACAGUAGGCUACGUCCAGUUAGGAUUUAUAUGUUUUGUUGUGAAGUAGCCUAUAGAUUUAGGCUGAUUGUUGCUAUGAUAAAAUAGUUAUUUCAUGUAGUGCCAUCGGGCAAUUCAUAAAGCUUAGUCUAGUAACUUUACAAUUGUGUCAAAUGACUGCUAAUAUCGUAAGAACUCAGUGAGAUGUCACCAUUGAUUUAAUCGCAGAGGGGUCGGAGUUAGUGGAGCGAGAGUGUGUGGGGGGGUCAUUACAGAAAAUGUUUCCUUGACUGAAGUAGUCCCAUUUACGCCCCGCCAUUACCGUCCGGAACAUCUGCCAAAAGACUCAUUGAAUGGGAAGCAAACCUUUUUCAACGUUUAGCCUACCACGUGACUAUCACAUCUUCUAUCUGGACUCCGCAAGCUGCCCUGGUCAUUUUAUCACAGAACGGAGGAGCUUGUGCAAACUGGUGCGCGUGAAAAAAAGAUAACUAACGCCGAAGAUGGAUGUUGUGCAUUUUUCAAUUGGUAGUAUCUUGUCGAUUACUCUUCACGCGCUGUUGUUGUCUUCUUCAUAUGGUUCGUUGGAGCCCUACGACCUUUUAUACAACAAUGCCGUCGAAGCAUUUUACAGAAAUGACUAUAAAGAUGUGGUGCGACACAUGGAGGGUGCGCUCAGAAGCUACGCAGAAGUCCGCCAGACUAAAGUCCGAUGUCGGCUGAGAUGCCAGAACCAGCACCCGUUUGAUUCCGCCUCCAUGGACCUGCAGUUCUUUGACGUGGUUCUCCGAAGAUCCUAUUGUCAGAACGAGUGCAUUGAAGAAAAAGUUGGAACACAGUCCAUGCACAAAAUCAGCGAGGAUGUCAUCCAGGAUUUCCACAGGCGAAUCCCGUACAACUAUCUUCAGUUGGCUUAUCAGAAGGCCACUGCAAUAAGCUGUAUUCUCACCCAGCUGCUGCUGCUGCUGAGCAACUUGACGCCGUUUCUACCCGGUGAGCUGUUGGCUGUGUUACAGUGCUGUCCUUUCCGUAGCGACGGGAGAAAAUACACAAUGUUACGCUCAAGUAUAUCUGGUAUAGCCUACUGUAUCAGUUUUGUUGCAAAUCAUUUUGGGGACUUGAGUAAAACUGUCUUUCCCCAUCCCUACUGUAUCUAAUUACUAGCGUAAAUAUAACACAACGGGCUAUAGUAG